CAUGCGGUUCCGGCGUUAGAUCGAAAUAUUCGUUUGAAGAAAACAUUCGGUGCUAAUAGUGCUUGUCUAAAUAGUGAAAGCGUACAUUCUGCGUUUCAUUCAUUCAUCGCAAUCCACUUACGUGACAGUUAAAAGAUAUUCUAGGUUUCUGAGCGAUCAUUCAUACACUAGAUCUCGACGAUGGCGUCAGGCACUUUUACUCAGCGUUUGCUGGUGGCUCUUAUGAUAUUCGCCCUGAUUGCCGACCUUAGCACACUAGUUGCAGCCCGACCGCAAGAUAGUGACGCUGCCUCUGUAGCUGCCGCAAUUAGAUACCUCCAGGAGCUUGAAACUAAGCAUGCCCAACAUGCUAGACCCAGGUUAAUACGAAGUGAACUCCCUCCCAAUAUUAAUGGUGUUCACUCGGGACUUGAUAAAAUUAUUGGAUAUUUCAUCUUAGAAGCUAUCGACAGAGCACACUCGACUGACGCUAGACCCAGAUUCGGAAAGCGUGGUGGAUAUCUUAACCCGGCAAUAUUUGGGCAGGAUGAACAGGAGAAUCUUUACAGGUUGAUUGGCAGGAUUCAACAUUUUCGAGAUGAACAGCUACCAACAAAUAUCUAGACAUGAAGUCCUGAGAUUGGACAAAAGCAACCCGCAGCAUCAUGUUUAUCUCAUCCCGUUAAACUACAUUAAUACUGCCUACGAUAUGAUCCUGAUCUAUUUACUGCUUUUCUGUAUCUUUUUGCAUUGAAGAUAUUGUGUUAUUGAAAUAAUCAAUUAAAGCCAAUAAUUCAGUAAUCUUAACAGUUUAACCAGUUUUCGUUCGAUAAAACUGCUUGACUUAAUCUCGUUUAGGAUGGAGUUACAUUAUGUAUACAGCAUUAAGUAACCUUCCGAUUAACCUUUUCUAGAUUUAAAAAAAAAAAAAACUAAAUUCACCUACAGUCACUUCAACUUCAAUGUGGAGCAACUAUCUGAAAUGAACAAAAAACAGGACAAGAGAGAACAAAAUAAACCUAUUUAUAUCAAUAAUAGCUCAAACCUUGCCUAUUUACGGACCAUCUAUAUUUUAUCACAUGAAGAACAGUUUAAAACUACUCGCUGAAAUUUAAACAUUACGUUAGACAGAAGACACUAUAUUCAAUAAAUGUGUUAUGCUUAGAGUAAAUAUCAAUCCCAACAACAAUGUGUAUGAUUUUUGCGAACUUUAUUAGAAUAAUAAUGAAUACAACAUGUUUAAGCUGCAUUGAAAAA